ACCGUCUGCCCGCUUGUACGGCACGCGGUAUCCCUCGGCGUCGCGGUGCGCUCCGUACAAUCGUCAUCCCCCGCAGGAGCAACAGUUAUGCCCUCAGAUCAUCGCGUCAUUGGCUGACACGGUCAACUAUCAAAACUUCGGUCACGCGUGUUCGCGCGUACGCAUGGCGUAUGGCCUACUCUAUGGCAUGGCAUCGCGGGACAUUGUUCUUUGCUUCCUUUUCGCCGCUUUCCUUUCUUCGAGUUUCGGUCGAGCGAUGCCUAGGUCGAACCUGGAGCCCGAAUUUCUAGCACUCCUGGAGAACCAUACGGUCAUUCAAGGUCGUGACGUCUCCUUCACCUGCGUCGUUAAUCAUCUUCAAUCUUACAAGGUUGCCUGGAUAAAGUCGGACUCCAAAGCUAUCCUGGCCAUUCAAACGCACAUGGUCGCACACAACCCGCGGCUGUCUGUCACUCACAACGGACAUAACACGUGGAAACUGCACGUGACCAACGUUCAACCGAACGACUCUGGCACGUACAUGUGUCAAGUUAAUACGGAGCCCAUGAGGAGUCAGACGGGUCACAUGAAGGUAGUGAUACCGCCCGAUAUCAUGGAUUUGGACGACUCGACCGAUCUCCUAACGGCCAAAGAGAACAGUGAUCUGCGAUUACGGUGUCGGGCCACUGGUACACCAAAACCUGUGGUCAUCUGGCGGCGGGAGGACGGCCGAAAUAUCACCCUGCGGACCGAGCAAGGUGUUCAACGAGUGAAAACGUACGAGGGUGAGCAGCUUCAUCUGGCGGGCAUUCUACGGCAGGAAAUGGGCUCGUACCUUUGCAUCGCGUCGAACGGGUUCCCGCCGACGGUCAGCAAACGUUAUUCCGUCAACGUUCGUUUUAAACCACUGAUUAAAGUCUCCAACCAAUUAGUAGCGGCACCUGCUAACAGCGACGUCGUUCUUCAUUGCUACGUCGAGUCCUCGCCGAAAGCUCUGAAUACGUGGAGCAGGAACGACGGUAUAAAGUUAUUGCCGGACGAGAAAUACGAUCUAUCGGAGGUCCCGCUGAACGAUUACGCAUAUCAAUUAAACCUGACUAUCAAGCGACUGAACAGGGACGAUUUCGGCAGCUACACCUGCUCAGCGGAGAAUUUACUUGGGAAUGCCAAAGGCACGAUAGGGCUGCAAGAAUUGCAUCCGCCGAGGACGACGUUAUCGCCGAUCCGGCACACGGAGUACACGGACAGGUACGGGUCAAAGAAGCAGACCGACAGGAGGGGUAAAUUGCACUCAUUCGGCCGGGACGGCAUGCUGUCGAAAAACGGCGGUAAUAUGGGUCACUCGACACCAAUGCUGAGGAGGAACAAUUCGAACGCUUUGACGGACCAGGGUGCCGUGAAAAAGUCGAAAGUCUCGGUGUACCCAGCACCCGCUCCCGCCCCCGCGCCGGCCCAUUUCCCGCCAACACAAUUAAAUACUCAGAACAGCGUGACGUCGUCGCGGCAUUGUCGAUUAAAUUACUUAGAAUUAAUAUUCGCUUUCAUAGUGAUCGUCGUUUGUAGCUCAUAAAGCCGAUUGUCUCGAGUGUGUUGAUUUGGCGCGUGCGAAAUUGCCGGCUAAUUAACGCUUAUUAUAUUUAUAGAAAGGGGAUGAUUUAAUAUACUGCGCGAUACAUCCAAAGCGAAUUCGUUUGCGCGGCAAUAUUAAAGCAUAUUGUUGGAUAGAAAGUAGUGGGUCACGGUUGCAUCUAUAACUCCACGCCGGGAGUCGAGCCGUUGCGUUGCUUUGAAACUUCGACUCGCGGCGCUAUUGGCUUAUGCUUCUGAACUUGUUAUUUUUGUCGAGCGGAGACAUUGAUAUAAAUCAGAUUUCGUAAUGUUGUUUUAAUGUUGCAGAUGAUUCUGCGAACAUUUUUUAUGGUUGUGCGAAUGAAAGAGCGUUUAACGGCUUUUGUAGACUGAGAGUAUAGAAUUUUUUUGGAAGAACUGGUAUUUCAUUUGAAGUUCUGACUGCUUUUCGAAGUUGCUGUCGGUAUAAAUCAGCAUCGAUCGUUGAAUUUUAUGUACCGCGAUGGAUGUUUUGUAGAGUCGUUGAAACAACAGUAACGAGGAAAGACAGUAUUAUAGGUGUUGCCUAUUAUAGUUCUUAAUUUAAGCCGAUUAUCCUAGCACUGUGGACCAUUGUUUAACAGACUAAUUCGGAAAUGGAUUAAUUGGCUUUCAAGUUUCUAGUUUAAAUCCAAUAUUUAUGAGAUUACUAGGAAAGUCGAUUAUCAUGACGGUUGUUGUUACAUUUUGAAAUGAUUUACAAUAAGAGAAGAAGAUUGGAAGUUAUAUUUCUUUGUGUCUUCUUGGAUGAAGCGGCGGUUUCACGCGCGCCAAACCAAUACCGAAAAGUACAAAUUACAUUGUAGUAGAAUGAAAAUACGUGAAAACGAUCUAUUGCGUCCUAGGCUUCCGGUUAUACGUUAAGUUCACACUACUUUCGAUACACGUAUCGGAUUAAGUUGUUGCGUUCUAAUCUGAAUUCGCGACGUUCAUCGCGUUAAGGUGGUCUUCUGGUUUGGAUGGUGUAAAUAUUAUUCAAAUGCACGUGACAUUCAAAAGAGUCAAAUGAUUCGGUAAGUUUAAUUCGUCGGGUUCUAUUGUUGCGCUUAUCGAUAAUCGUUUUUUAUUAUUUACACUCUUAAAACUAAUUACUGAGAAACUGAAAAUAUGAAAAAUCUUUACAUAGAAAACUUUGAAAAUUUGAAAUUUUUCACGUUGUUCUUGAAAGAUUCGAAAACAAAACGAUUAAGAAACAUCGAGAAAUCAGAAGACCUUCUUAAGUUGAAACAGGGAGACAACUUUUGGACUAUUGGUGUUGCAUCAUUAAACAUACGUGAUAUCGAUGGUAUAUCAUUCUAUGGUGUAAAUAAAACGAACGGUUUUUAAGACAAUAACUGUAGUUGUAUACGACAAGCCGGUAGCGUAAUUAUUAUAUAAAUAUACACCCGGAAACAGUAACGGAUCGUGCGAAACGCAAAAACGAUUUUUAUUGGUUCUGUUUGAAAUUUCCGAUUAUCCGUUAUUACCAAUCAUAAUCAGACUGCCGACAUUUAUGAAUAUUUGUAUUUUUAUAGACUCGGUUUUGAGAAAUGGGAAUUUAAAGAGGCAUUCGUUUCCUGCCUGUCAAAGCGUUCAUUGCUGUGGUAGCCACCGAUGACCGACGUUACAAAAUCAAUAAAAAAAAUUGAUUUUUUAAAUACUUUGAAACAGUUAUACCUAUUAAGUUAGUUUCAAUUUCUUUCAUCUAACUUUAUCGUCUGAAAUAUCUUUGUUCAACACGUUAAAGUGGUUACUGUGUACAAAUAAUUUCCCCCCUGUAACGUCGCGCUUCGAUGACUCCUGCGAUAUCCCAUUUUAAUCCUUACACAAUAAUUAAAUAUACUGCCACGAUCACACAUGUAAGUUGAUUUUAUUCUUACGACGAUGAAAUUUAUUGUCACAAGCAUUUCAUUACCAUGUCUUACUGGAUUGAAAAGGAAACAAAUAAUUCAAUGCAUUUUAGUUAAAUUCUCAUUAUAUUACUUUUGCAUUUUUGUAUAUAUACCAUGGACACAACAAAAUCGUAGUCUUGUUAUAAUAUUUUUCAAUGAGAUAAUAUUAACUCUACAUAAUUUAAGGCGCGUAUAAAGUGGCAGUCGAAAGAAAGUUAAUUUUCUAAUUGGAUCCAAACUAUUCUAAACAUAUUUGUAUCUGAUUUAUCCAUAAAGAACAUACAUAUAAAUAGCUGUCUUUGUAAAAACGUAUUUAAUUAUACAAUUUUUUUCUAUCACAAUUAUAUUUAAUAUUGUAAUUCGAGACACAUAAUGACUGAAAGACUCUGUUUGCGAAUUUAUUAAGACUGACUUCUAAAAUAAUAAGACUGGUUGAAGAAGGUUCUCGGUUUUCUCUUUUCCAAAUUUCGAAACGUAAAUACCGAAAGUAAAAACCAUGAAUAUUAAACUUCCUUUUGGCCGCCACCGUACCUAGAAACGUUCGAAACUAACCGAUAAAAUUGACUCAUUUCCUUCACUGUCUCGAACAAAUUGCUAGGCAUCAAUGUGAUCCAGUCAAACGAAGACCCGUAUUGCGUACCAGAUGAUCGGGUGUACGCAAAACGUUCUUCGAUUGAGCACGUAAAUGUAUCGUUUAUCGAUGUUAAAACCACCUGAGUUGUGUAUUCGUGUAUAUAUGUACGACA